CGUUCCGAAAAUUUCCACUACAUGCAACGCGAGAUGGCUUAUCCGCAUGGCUUCCACGACGCCGGACGCCAUAGUCAUCGCGACUCGCCGAUCCUGGACAUGCCGAGCGAGUUCGACGUUGGCUCCACCAUCGAGCUGGCGCCGCCGUUAGCCAGAGGCGUGGCGGUCGACGGCAACCGCUCGUCGCCGGCGUGGGUGUCGUCACCCGCCAGAGCCUUUACGGCGCGAGCCGUAGGUCACUACGAACACGGCCAACAACGGAAGGAGGCCUGGACCGCGUCCGUCUUCGAAGGACUUCGGGCCGUGGGCACAGACAGCGUGGCCGCUGUCGUCUCCACUGUGGUACUGUGCUUCUUCAUAGGGAUCGCGAUAUGGUUUUUGUCAACGGUUCAGGACCAAUGGGACGGCAGCGGUUUACACGAGGCGGACGACGCAGAUGCGGGCCUGCACUUGGAUUUGUACGGCGCACCACCUUCGUCGCCGGUUGCCGGGGUUCACGAGAAGAUGCCCACGAGAGAGUGGAAGAUAACGGUGAGAACCAGGCGACCGAGAAGCAGUAAGCCUGCCCUGGUGUCAACAGCGGUGCUCUCUGACGUGGCGCUGACAAGCCCGGCGAUUCGCUGGAGCAAGGAUAACGCUAUCGAUGGCGGCGGCGAUGACAGCGAUGAAUCGAAGGCGCCGUGGACCUCAACAACUGACGACACCACUGUGGCUAUUGCUUCUAAGCGGGUCCGUAGCAGGCGACGACAGCCGUCCAAGAGGGAUCGUUCGAUGCAGCGCAGUUCGGCAAAACGCGUGAAGCGACCUCAUCAGGUUCCCCAGCGUGCAGUUCGUCGCUGAUGCUCCAUACAGAGGACGAGGCCCCUUUCAAAUAUAUUUGAGCCGGUAUUUUCA